AUGACACUUAUUGAAAACUUAACAAGUAUUGGUAAUGGUGCUUCAAUGGUUGAAUCCAUUAGUCACAGUGUAACAAUGUCCGGUGGAGGUGCCAAAUCAUCACAAACUGGUUCACAGCUUGCCGAUGUCGCCGGAACUGAUGAUGCCAACAGAUUCGGUCGUAGAUAUGAAUGUUACUGGUCACGUCGUUUCCAUGCUUGGAUCUGUAGAAGAACUCAUUGGUAA